AUGACAACCCGACAGCGAUUGCCGCCGUCGGCCGGGGAGGUGCGAAGCGUGAGCAGGGUAUACCACUCGGCCUGCCUGGAGCGCGGCCAGAGCUACUGGGACUACGAGAACUUCCGGCUUAGUUCGUUGGGCUGGGAGGACGUAGACCGUUACGAGGUCAACGGGAGGCUGGGGUUCGGAAGGUUCAGCGAGGUGAUGGAAGGGGUUGAGGUGGACAGCGGUCGCAAGGUGGUGCUGAAGGUGCUCAAGCCGGCCAGGACGUACAAGGUUAAGCGGGAGAUCCGAGUCUUGCAGCUAUUGGCAGGAGGUCCAAACGUCCUUUCGCUGGAAGGCGUGUGCCGAGACCGACACACCGGGGUUACGACCCUCAUUUUAGAGCACCUCGGCGACGGGGUGCAGUGGUUCGGCCACACAACCGCGUCCAGCAGCCUUCCGGGAACAGCCGGCGGAGUCAGAACGGCGGGGUCUCCAAAUGCCGUCGAUGCGUCGCCGAAAGAGGUCCGACCGCCGCCGUCCCGUGGCAGGGAAGCCGGCGCAGCGGACGGAGGGGGCGCCGGGGCAACGGCCUCUUCUAUUGGGCAGGGCCGCGCGCUUCCGUGGAGAGGAGCAAGCAGCAGCUUUGGCACCGCCACGAGCAGGGCAACGAGCGCCGACAGGAGGGAGGGACUUGAAGAAGGAAGGUUGUUGUCGCGGGCGGGCGGCCAACAGCAACAACCUGUCGCCGCUGGCCAAGACCCGGCCGGCGAGCACGGUGGCGGUGCAGCGCGUGCGGAGGGGCUACACGAUUCGGAAGGCGGUGGGGGGGGGCGGGGGGGAGAAGCGACCGAGAAGGAGGCCGUUGAUCCCGGCCGACUGACAGACUACGAGGUGCGGCUGUACUUGUACAAGCUGCUGCAGGCGCUGGACUUUGCGCACUCGCGCGGGCUUAUGCACAGGGACGUGAAGCCGCGAAACAUCGUCAUCAACCGACGGACCCGAAGCCUCCGCCUCAUCGACUGGGGCCUGGGCGAUUUUUACAUCCCAGGGAGACGUAACAUGGCGCGUGUGGGGUCGCGGUACUACAAGGCACCGGAACUGCUCGUCGGAUUUCGCUUCUACGACUACGCCGUCGACAUUUUUUCGGUGGGCUGCAUGCUAGCAGGGUUUCUGUUGAACCGGGAACCAUUUUUUCGGGGGAAGGACAACGAAGAUCAGCUUGUGCGAAUAGCGCUCGUGCUGGGCACUCAAGGACUUCAUGAUUUCCUUCGAAAGUAUGAUGUUGUCCUGGAGCCGCGACUGUUGGAAAUGCUGGGCACGCACCGCAAGAAGCCAUGGAGCAGUAUCGUUGGAGGAGGAGGGGGGGGAUGUGGCGAGGCAUACGGCCCGGAUGGGCUCGAUUUGCUCGACCGCAUGCUCUGUUACGACCACCAGGAUCGAAUUUCUGCGGCGGAAGCCUUGUCGCACGCGUUUUUCGACCCUGUGCGAGGAGAGGGGGAAGCCCCCGUGGGAAGUCAUUCCACGUGACCUUAAGCUCUAUGGUGUGGUACCGUACGUCAUGGGUUUGAUUUCCCAGAAAGUAGUUCCUUGAGAAUUGUGAUUUGU